AUGGAGGACAGGACGGCUUCGGGCAGGGUGGACCGGCUGGCGACCACCAGCAUCGAGACCAGGGAGCCGCUGUUAGAGGGCCACACUUUGGUACCUGCGCGUAGCUUAGAGUCAGUGCCGCAGCCAGCUGACGCAGACGCAACCCGCCCUGCAGCCUCGCGAAGUACGCAACGGGAUCAGCCCUCGGCCUCUGGCCGCUUCUACCGCCCUUUCCAUGCCUUUGCUGACGACGGCGGCAAAGCCGGCGCAGCCGCUGCAGAAAGUCGCGAGGGCCCCGUAUUAACGCCUGACGUAGGCCACGCAGUGGAGGACAUUAUGCUCUUCGCCGACGAAAUGCAGCGCGACCUGGCAAAUCACGGGCUCCUCCUACUGCGGCGAGGAGAGGAGAAUCAGCGGUCGCGGAAGCCCGGGCUAAUGGCGCGACUCUUUGGCGCACGGGGCUUGGAUGACAACAGGCUCGAGGCUGGAACAG